AUGCGGCGCGGGGCGUUCACGGGCGGCAAGUGCGACGCAGUGAUCAUCCUGGCAGGCGGGCAGCUGAGGGACGGGACGCUGCCGGAGUGGGUCACGCGGCGCGUCGACCGUGCCGCGGAGCUCUGGCGCGAGCGCGGGAGCGUCGUGAUCUGCAGCGGCGGCGGGACGCCCCACAAGCCCCCUAUUUUGAACCCCCAGGGUUUCGUGGUGCACGAGGCGGUGUCGUGCGCGCAGUACCUCAUGGAGCGCGGCGUGCCCGCGUCCGCGAUCCUGCGCGAAGUCUCGUCGUACGACACCAUCGGCAAUGCGUAUUUCUCGAUUGUCAUUCACGCGCUACCAAGAGGGUUCCGACGGCUGUGCGUCGUGACGUCCGAGUUCCACAUGCCGCGCUCGCGCGCGAUCUUCGAAGAGCUCUGUCGGAUGGCGGCGCCGGCGGCGGCGCCGGGGGGGACUGCGGGGCCAGGGGGGGUGUUCGAGCUGGAAUACGUGUCAGUCUCGGACGACGGGGUGUUUGACGACGAGGUGCUGCGGGCGCGGGAGGAGAGGGAGGCGAAGUCGUUGCGGACGUGGCGCGAGGGCGGAGGCGCGAUCGGCAGUCUCGGAGAGUUCUCGCAGUGGCUGCAUGAGACGCACCUAUGCUAUGCCGUGUCGCGACAGCACGAGCUGGGGCGCCCGACGGCCGUGGACGACAAGGCGCUCGCCUCGUACUAG